AUGAGGCGGCAUCUUCAGCAAAGCACGGCAGGAAGUGUCCGAUUCCUUCAUGCAGGAGGCCUGCGGGCAUCCGCCGCAUCUUCCUCUCUGUUUUCCCAUCCACGCCACGUGGUGUCGCUGCAAUCUAGUGUGCAGCUGCCAUCUUCCGUCCAGCAUCGGCGCAACUACAAGGCUCCGAUUUCCGACAUCAAAAAGGGUUGGGUGAUUGAGCACUUGGGCAAGCUGUGGGAAGUGACGGAAACCUCGCAAUCACGCAAGACUGCCCAAAGGAGAGCGCACAUCAACAUGGAGCUGCGAGACCUGGCUGCAGGCACGAAGAAGAGCGAACGCUUCCGUGUUGAAGACCGAGUCGAAACCAUCAUCCUCGACGUGCACAAGUGUAUCUUCUCACGCAGCGAGGGCAAGAAGCUUCUCUUCACCAACGCGGAGACCGGCGAAGAGGUCUCUGUGAAGAAGGAGAUGGUGGGACCCGCCGAGGCCUAUCUGAAGCCCGGUACGUCAGUGGCCAGGCUUUCUGUCCACAAUGGCGAGGCGGUCACCGUCAAGCUGCCGGGCAAGGCCGUGGUGACGGUGAAGGAGGCGGAUUCAACCCAAUCGGCCACUGCCGGGUACAAGAAGGCGGUGCUGGACAAUGGCCGGACCGUUAGAGUUCCGCCCUACCUGGAGGCAGGCGACGUGAUCAUUGUUUCGCUUCCCGAUGAGGUCUACGUUGGCAAGAGCGACGGCUCGGCUCUUGCGGACGAUGGCGACGAGGAGGACGACGAAGAGGACGACGACGACGACACCGACGACGAGGAUGAGGAUGAGGACGAGGACGACGAGGAGGACAACGAAGAUGAGGAGGAUGCCAAGAAGAAGUAA